AUGCUGAUAAUUGUGUCCAAUUGUUGGAUUCCCAAUCUCCAUGACCGUGGUAAAGUCAAUGUUGACCCAAUCAAUCCAAUGACAAUGAUGGUUAAUGGUGAUCCAAUCUCCUUGACGGCUGUUGAUCCAAGUCAUCAAUUCUCCGUUGGAACCGUUUGGGUGUCAAUGUUGCAAUCUUAUCUUCCAAAUGACGUUGGUGUCAAUGUCGCCCAAUGCCAAUGUCUUGACGUUGGUGUCAACGGUGAACCAAUUCUCCUUGCGACGUUGGUGUCAGUUGGGGUUGAUCCAAUUCUCCUUGACGUUGGUGCCAAAGUUGAUCCAAUUCUCCUUGACGUUGGUGUCAACGUUGAUCCAAUUCUCCUUGACGUUGGUGCCAAAGUUGAUCCAAUUCUCCUUGACGUUGGUGUCAAUGUUGAUCCAAUUCUCCAUGACGUUGGUGUCAAUGUUGAUCCAAUUCUCCAUGACGUUGGUGCCAAUGGUGAUCCAAUUCUCCUUGACGUUGGUGUCAAUGUUGAUCCAAUUCUCCUUGACGUUGGUGUCAAUGUUGAUUCAAUUCUCCAUGACGUUGGUGUCAAUGUUGAUCCAAUUCUCCAUGACAUUGAUGUCAAUGUUGAUCCAAUUCUCCUUGACGUUGGUGUCAAUGUUGAUCCAAUUCUCCAUGACGUUGGUGUCAAUGUUGCUCUAAUUCUCCUUGACGUUUGUGUCAAUGUCGCUCCAAUGCUCCUUGACGUUGGUGUCAAUGUUGAUCCAAUUCUCCUUGACGUUGGUGUCAAUGUUGCUCCAAUUCUCCUUGACGUUGGUGUCAAUGUUGAUUCAAUUCUCCUUGACGUUGGUGUCAAUGUUGCUCCAAUUCUCCUUGACGUUGGUGCCAAAGUUGAUCCAAUUCUCCUUGACGUUGGUGUCAAUGUUGCUCCAAUUCUCCUUGACGUUGGUGUCAAUGAAAUCGACUCUAUGCUUCGCUUGACGUUGGUGUCAACCCUGUUGAUCAUUCUUUCCUUGACGUUGGUGUCAAUGUUGCUCCAAUUCUCCUUGACGUUGGUGUCAAUGUUGCUCCAAUUCUCCUUGACGUUGGUGUCAAUGUCGCUCCAAUUCUCCUUGACGUUGGUGCCAAAGUUGUGA